CCUGAUUUACAUUUAUUAAAGAAACUCUUUAUUAUUAGUCUGUGUUAGAUUCACCUCCCAGAACGGAGCAUUUUAAACAGUGAGGUGGGUCUUGAACGGAGCCCACGGUGUCUUCUCCUUUUUUCUUCUCCUUCCUGAACCAGAGUCCACAGAGAAAAGAUUUCACAACAGUUCAGACUGAAAAAACAGAAUCAGAUCAGAUGGUUCAGUUUAAAGCAGGUUCUGAAGACUGCGAUGUGGACUACAGUGAUCCUUCCAUUCAAGUCCAUGGCCAGGGCCAGGUCCAGGACCAGGACCAGGAUUAAGCCAGUCACUGUUUAGACUCUUGGAAUGAGUUCAGCACAUCUGCCUCAGAGCGGAGCAGGUUACUGAUUUACACACUCCACCUCUGAGAAAACGUAAAGGUUAACUGUGCAUCAGCAGCAGCAUUCUGAUGUGCAGACGGUGGAAAACCAGCAGAGACAGGUGCUUUAAACUGACCUGUGGUCUGUUUGGAUCAAUCAGAACCACGAGACCAGACCAUGACAAGCUCAGCUGUGAUUUAUAACGUUUAAAGUUUAUUACUUUACUCAUCCCUCAAGCUGGGGAAGUUUAUCUCUGCAGUUUUAUGAAUAAACAUAAACAUGUAAUAACUGAAUUACAGAGUCUCAGAGGAAUGGACUCAGACAGAGGACCUGUGGACACAGGAGUCUUAGAAACAAACGGGCACAAGAUUCACAUUUAUUAAAGAAAAACAGUUUGAGACAGUCCUCUGAUGGACACUUUAAACACAGCUGCUGUGGAUCUUGAAUGCAGCCCACAGUUUCUUCGUUUUUUUCUUCUUUAGUCAUCUGACUGUGCAGAGCAGCUUCCUGAACUGGAGUCCACAGUCCACAUUUCAAAAAGACACGGUCAGCACAGAGUAUCCAAAGUGUUUGAGAGGCUUUGCAAACAGCACGCACCCAAACCUCUGAGGCUCACGUGAACUUUAGGAGGAUCUGAAACGACAGUUCAGACUGUGAAACCAGAAUCAGAUCGGCUGGUUCAGGAUGUCUGCAGCGGAGGAAACCUGUGAUGUGGACUUCAGCUUCGCAGAGGAGCAGGACUUCCAGCAGGUCCUGAACAUCUGCAGCAGCGAUGACUACAAUGGGAUGGACUACAUGGCUGCUACCUUUCACCGCUGGCUGCAGGAGCCUGGACGCCUCAACUUCAUCGCUCGGAUGAAGGACAGAGUGGUGGCGCUGGAGUCUGCACUGCUGGUGGACGGCGGCCAGACCGUUGUGUUUCAGGGUCUCAGGGUGGUACCUGAUUUGAGAGGUCGUGGUAUCGCUGGCGCCCUCCAGAGGCACGUGACCGCAUACAUCCGCCGCCACUACCCAGAAGUGUCGGCUGUCAGGCGAAGCCGAGGAGACCAGCCUUCACCACAAGUACUGGCCAAGUACAGACUCAUAGCUAAAGAGGUCAUCUUGUCUCUGUGCUGCGAGGCGACCAACCUUGGUGUCUUCAUCGCUGAGCUUCAGUCCAGACUCUCCUGCCAGGCUGACUCCGCCCCCGGCAGUCCAGUUACGCUGACUCAGCAGCAGGCGGAGACCCUGAUCCUGACCGACCACGUGAUUUCCAACUUGCUGCCCGGAAAAACCAUCAUCGUUGACUGGGAGCCUCUGAAGCCUGUGGAGGCCAAUCUGGAGGUGCUGCGCCGCAGGGGGUUGAUGUGGAUUGCGGACCGUGAGUUCGAGCCCACAGCUCUCAGCUUGGGGACCGCACCGUACUCUGUCCCCUACCGCCACGACGCCCUGCGCAUCAACAUCAAUAUCUUUGGCCGCAGUUUGGCUUCGGUCUGUGCCGUGUUUCUGGCUCAGCUUGAAGCUUUGCUGCCAACGGUCCGAGGUUUCCUGAUCCUCUACACCUACGUGGACCCUGCGGUUUGGCCAGGGUUACGCCAGUUCUGCCAGAACAACGCCAACGUGUCCCCUUUCAGGGACUACUGGGAGGAGCUUAUACUGGAGACAGACCUCUGAACUCCUCAGUAACACCUUUAUAAACAUUUAAUCACUGAGUUUUUCAGCUUUUUGUUUCUCUGUGUCCAAAGAUUCUUCAGCAGGCUCCAGGCGUCCUUCGGGGGGUUCAUCAGUUCUUGCCAGUUUUUAGGGUUCAGGGAUGUGUGUGACAAACCUCAACAACGAAUAAACCAGAUACUCGUGUGACCUCUGUUUUAACCUCUGCAUGUGACGUGUGGGAAGAUUCUUUUCUUUGUUUUUUUAUUGUACGUGUGGAAGAUCAGAUUCACAGUUUAUGAUCUCAUGAGACUCGUUUUCCUCAAAUCUCACACGAUCAGCACAUUUCCAGUUUGUCAUCCAGUGUCACGGAAAAGAAAAAAGUCACAGCAAAGCUUUGGACACUGCUGAGUGUCUCUGGUUCACCAGGAUAUUAGUUCAUCCAGGUCCACAACCACACACACACACACAGGGGUGUAACCUCCUGCUGUUUGGACGUAUAUGUCUGUCCACUGCUCUUCCUGAAAUAAAUUCACACA